AUGGAGACUCUGCCAAACGUCCUCAGUCCUACGGGAUUGCCAACACCAAAGCGACACGUCACUACACACGAUGCCAGUGGCCGUAGUGUCUUUGCGAAUGAGAUUGAUCCAACGGCUGUGUACCAACGCCUGACACCGACAAUGGACUUUUUUCUCGCCUACGCCAAUACGACUUUCCCAGCCGAGAUGAAUGCGGACUUGGACAUUGCCAGGUACAAGGAGCUUUUCACAGGCCCACAGCCCCCAAUCUCCAUACCGGGCGGAACGGUGCUGCGCGUCUGCAACUUCGCGCCGGGCUCCGUCACGCCCAUGCACCGAACGCUGAGCCUCGACUACGGAAUUGUUAUUGCUGGAAAUGUUGAAUUAGUGCUGGACUCGGGAGAGACCAAGCUACUCAAUCCCGGUGAUAUUGCCGUGCAGCGCGGAACCAUGCACGCGUGGCGUGUACCCCAUGGGGAAACGUGGUCAAGGAUGGUCUUUAUUCUACAGGAAGGAAACGCGCUGGAAAUUGACGGUCAGGCAUUAGAAGAGGACUACGGGGGCUUGAGUUUGGAGUCAGGAAAAUAG